CCUGAGGUGGGUCUAAUAUUUAUCAGCAAUACUUCUCCAGAUACCUUUUACUCUUCUAACAUGGGUUAUGUGGAGCCUAUCCCUGUAUACUUUCCUGAUUACACAGAUGCUGAUCUUUGCAAAAUAUUGUCGAGAAACCAAGCAGACUCGAAGCUGUAUUCUUCAUUCUUGGAUGUAGCUUUAAGGUCUUUCUUUAGGGUUACUAGGCAGGUUGAUGAAUUGUCCACUGCCUUCAAACCACUAUACGAAAAAUAUUGUGAACCUUUAAGCGAUAAAAGAGUCUUUCCUAAUGGAGACAAAGACAAAGACAUGAAGAGAAAGUUAUUUAGUCAUAUCAAUCCUGAUACUAUUACUUUUGGAACAUAG